GACGCAACUCGGUAAACAGAUUUCAACAAAAGGCUUGAGGGAAGUUUCAGUUUUACCUUCUUUCCAGCAAUGUAUCUUCAUCUCAUGCUUUUUGUAUUUCAUUUCCAAACGUUUUUUCUUCAAGCCAAAGGCACUGAAGAAGAAGAUAUUAGAUUUUUUUUAAAUAGUGCCUUGCAAUGCAUUGAGUCACUGCAAAGGGAACAACCUGACAGCUUCAGUGAAGAGAGACUGUACAGACAACUGGAUGAUCAUACAAGGACUCUUUGUACAUAUAUUGCUGCUGUGUCUGGAUAUGAUCACCUUAAUUCUGGUGUUAGCAGCCAGUUAGUAUCUUUGUAUAGAUGCUUUUGGCAUUUGCUGCAAGAUCACUACGCCAGACAGAGCUCUACUAAUGGGACACCAAACAACUUGAGACCCCCAACAACCCUGAGUGGCUAUCGAGGUCGGCCUCGAUACACCAUAUCUGCCGAACAGAUAGAGCACUGCAUGUCAAUUGGUAUGACAUGGCAGCGGAUCGCAUCAUGCUUUGGAAUCAGUCGGCGAACCCUGUACAGACACAGGCAAAUUCUGGGAGUGGAGCCAUUACAGUUUUCAGUUUUAUCAAACCAGGAGUUGGACACAAUUGUUAGUGAUAUAUUACACAACACUCCAAAUGCAGGUGAAACAUAUGUAAUGGGAAGUCUUAGAUCCCGUGGCUUAAGAGUCCAAAGGUGGCGUUUAAGACUGAGCCUACAUCAUGUUGAUCCAAUUGGGCGGUCAUUUAGACGUCGUCAUGCCAUACAUCGAAGGGUGUACAGUGUUCAGGCACCCAACCAAUUAUGGCAUUUUGAUGGUAACCACAAACUGGUUAGGUGGCGGAUGGUCUUUCAUGGCUGUGUGGAUGGCUUCAGUCGGACUAUCAUAUACCUACGAUGCUUAUCUAAUAAUAGAGCUUCAAGUGUAUUGUCAUUAUUCUUAGAGGGAAUAGCCAACUUUGGUUUGCCCUUAAGAGUCAGGUGUGAUCAUGGUAUGGAAAAUAUACAUGUUGCUCGUUUCAUGUUAGAAAGAAGAGGACUGAACAGUGUUAUUACAGGCGUCUCAGUGCAUAACCAAAGGAUUGAGAGACUGUGGGCAGAACUCAAUAGAGUUGUAACAAGACAUUUUGCAAAUAUCUUUAGCUUCAUGGAAGAACAUGGGUUACUUGAUUCAUUGAAUGAAUUACAUCUAUUUUGUCUCCAUUAUAUUUACUUACCAAGAAUUGAACAGGCUGUGACAGAAUUUAUGAACCAGUGGAACAACCAUGGCCUCUCCACACAAGGAGGGCAGACGCCUCUUCAGCUGUGGCAUACAGGUGUCAUAAACAACAUUGGAAUCCAUCCAGCUGUAAAUGGUAUUUUUGAUGUUGAUAACUAUUACGGCAUUGAUGAAGAAGGACCCUUACCUGAACUUCAAACCAAUAACAAUGUUAUAAUUCCAGACAUUGAUGUAGCCAUUAAUGAGACUACCAUGAACAGUAUUCGAGUGAAUCCAUUAGAAAAUGAUGGAAACCAUGGAAUAAAUUUAUUUUCUUCACUUAUAAAUUUUCUGCAGUGAACAGCAUGUGUUAAAACAUAUUUUUUAAACAAACAACAUUUGUGCACAAAGUUAAGGAGCACUUGCUUCUAUUCGGACAGAGAUGAGAAACGCCAACUGUUUGUAUGAAACUUAAAUGACAAUGAAAAUAAAUGUCAACUUGAGCUGAUGUCAUAUCAAUUGCCACUGUAUUUAUUUUGGCAUUGAUCUAGCUGA